AUGCUUUCAAGCUUCAAACAGAUCCUGCGGCACGGCAAGCACGCCAACCAAUCAUCCGGCAACGCUCAGCAGACCGCCCCGUCCUCGUCCAAGAAGACCAGGGACCAACCGCAAACUCAACAUCAGGCUCAGCCCCAACAGGCCGCUUACUACAACAACGACAUGCCAGCUGGCGGAUACGCCCAAGGGCAGCAACAGCAAUACGCUCAACCGUCCAAGGCCCCUCAGGUAUCGCCAAACUACCGAGAAGAGGCCGAGCGGAUCGUCGCGGAUGAGAGGGCGCAGAGCGAGAAGAUGCCACAGUACGAGGGCUUGGAAUCAUACAAGCUUGUCGAGAAGAUGGGCGACGGUGCCUUCUCCAAUGUCUACAAAGCCAUCGAGCGCAAGACUGGUCGCAAAGUUGCCGUCAAGGUCGUGCGCAAGUAUGAGCUCAACUCUUCUCAGAACGGCAACAAACACCUCAACAAGGACUUCAAGAAGAGGGGACCGCGUGUUACAGAGCGCGCCAACAUCCUCAAAGAGGUCCAGAUCAUGCGCGGGAUCGAUCACCCCGGUGUCGUCAAGCUUCUCAACUUCUUCGAGUCGGACGAGCACUACUUCCUCAUUCUUGAAUUGAUGGAGGGAGGAGAACUAUUCCACCAAAUCGUCAAACUCACCUACUUCUCCGAGGCGCUUUCCCGACACGUCAUCCUCCAGGUCGCCGAGGCCAUCCGGUAUCUCCACGAGGAGCGUGGGGUCGUCCACCGAGACAUCAAGCCCGAGAACCUUCUUUUCGACCGUAUCCCCAUCACUCCGUCUCGCAACCCCAACCACCGCCCCUACGACGAGGAGAAGGAGGAUGAGGGAGAGUUCCGAGCUGGUAUCGGUGGUGGAGGGAUCGGACGGGUCAAGAUUGCCGACUUUGGUCUGAGUAAGAUCGUCUGGGACGAGCAGACCAUGACGCCUUGCGGUACCGUCGGCUACACUGCCCCCGAGAUCGUCAAGGACGAGCGGUACAGCAAGAGUGUCGAUAUGUGGGCGUUGGGUUGUGUUUUGUAUACCUUGCUUUGUGGUUUCCCUCCUUUCUAUGACGAAUCCAUCAACGUCCUCACUGAAAAGGUCGCUCGCGGCUACUACACCUUCCUCAGCCCCUGGUGGGACGACAUAUCAACAUCUGCCAAAGAUCUCAUUACCCACCUUCUUUGCGUCGACCCCACCGCUCGUUACACCAUCGACGAGUUCCUCGCCCACCCGUGGAUCAAGGACGCACCAUCUGCUCAACCACCUGCACCCACACCACGUGCCCCCGGUCUCGCCAACAAUGCGCCGAUGGAUUCCCCUCUCCUCGCUUCUAUGCGCGCUGGGAAUCGCGAAGGCCGUUCACCCGGUGUCGGCGCGCUCAAGGAGGCAUUCGACAUCACCUACGCCGUCCACCGGAUGGAGGAGGAGGGUGCUCGUCGUCGGGCUUACAACGGACCUGGCGGUGCCGGGACGCGCGGCUUCCUCGGCGGACUCAACGAAGAAGACGAGGAGGAUGACGAGGCGCAGCAGCUCGAAGAGGCUCGGCGGAAGCACGGCGAGGCGGUCGCGCGUCAGAUCCGGGAACAUCAGGGUCGGGCCGCCGCCAAUGCCGCUGCUGGAAUAAAGGAGCAGCCGGUUCAAAAUUACGUCGGGCGAGGCGGGGCCAAUCGGCGCGAGGCCGAGGCGGUGCUGUAUGAUGGUCGGGCGGGUACGCGGGACCGAGGGGGUCGGGCCAAGGCCGAGAGCCGGUCAGGAUUCGAGCUGGAUAUCGGGAACGCGACAUUGUUGGGGCGGAGGAAGAAGGGACCUGUCCCAAGUCCUCUGGGACAGCAGGCGGCAGAGGCGCCGGUCGCUCCUGCUGCGGCCUAA